AUGGCUCAUGUUCAUGACUUGAUGUGUUUGUCAGAUGAUGAUUCUUGGUCCUUGUUCAAGCAAAGAGCAUUUGAGAUGGGAAUGGAUGAAGGCAAUGUGAACUUGGAAAAAAUUGGGAGGCAGAUAGUGCAGAGAUGUGGAGGGGUACCCUUGGCAAUUAAGGCCACAGGAAGCAUAUUGCAUUUCAAAAGCCAGGAAAGUGAAUGGUUACGUGUCAAAGAAAGUGAGAUAUGGGAUUUGAAAGAUGAGGGAAGAAGAAUCUUAGGUGUGUUGAGGUUAAGUUAUAAGCAUCUUCCACCAUAUAUGAGACAAUGUUUUUUGUUUUGCUCAAUAUUUCCCAAAGAUUAUGUCAUGGAAAAGGACAAGCUGAUAGGACUAUGGAUGGCAAAUGGAUUUAUUCCUUCAAGAGGACAUAUGGAUUUGCAUGAUACGGGUUGUGAAAUAUUCUCUGAAUUAACUUGGAAGUCCUUUCUCCAGGACGUCAAAGAGCAUGUUCAUGGAAUUGUUACAUGUAAAAUGCAUGAUUUAGUUCAUGACUUGGCAACAUCUAUGAUGGACAAAUGCUAUCGCAAGCUCAACAAGUUUGUUGUGGGAAAGGACAAUGACAGUGGUGGCAUGGAUGAGUUGAAAGAGUUGGACAUAGAGGGGGAAUUGAACAUCACAGGACUUGGCAACGUGAAGAGUGCAACAGAAGCUAAAACCUCCAAUUUGAUAAAUAAGCAAAAUUUAAUAUCACUAAGCUUAUUUUGGAGAAGAGACAGCAAUGAAACCUUUCAACAUGGAAAUGAUGAAGAGAUUCUUAAUGCUCUCCAACCUCAUUCAAGCUUGAAGAAGUUGUACAUAUAUGGUUACCAAGGUGUUAGGUUUCCGUAUUGGAUGAUGGAUAUGCUUCUACCAAACCUUGUUCAAAUCUUACUAGAAUAUUGCAACAGAUGCAAUCAACUUCCACCUCUAGGGAAAUUAUGCUUCUUGAAGGUCCUUACUAUUUUUGGAAUGGGUGAUCUCAAGUAUAUUGAGAGUAGCUUCAACGGAGAUAUGGAGAGUUCUUUUCCAUCACUUGAGGUUCUCAAAAUACUUUGGGCACCAUGUUUGGAGGAAUGGACGGCAGAGAAUGGUUGUCCUAUGUUGGUUAAACUGCUCAUGCUUCAAUCUCUAAAGGAGCUAGAUAUCAGAGGAAGUAGUGUUACUUUACUCAAAUCUUUGAUGAUGAAUGCCACUGUUCUUAUAUCUCUCCAUAUUUGGGAGUUCUAUGAGUUAAGGGAUUUAUCCGAUUUGCUGGAUAAUCUAUUGGCCCUUGAACACUUGAAUCUUAAAAGUUGCUCACAACUUGAAAGCUUGCAUGCAGGGCUACAAAACUUCAGCUCUUUAGAAACUUUAGAAUUAAGUCAUUGCAACAGCCUUGUAUCCCUUCCGGUAAAUGGAUUGCAAGAAUUAUCUUCCUUGUCUACACUACGCAUUGAAAAGUGUAAGAAAUUAGCCUCUAUGUCUAAAGGGGUGCGAUAUUUGACUUCACUCCAAAACUUGCAUAUCAGAAAAUGUCCAGAGUUAACCUCAUUGCCGGAGUGCAUCCAACAUCUUUCUUCUCUUCGAUUUCUUAAUAUUAAGGAGUGUAAGGGAUUAGUUUCUCUCCCAAAUGAGAUACAACACCUCACCUUACUUUCAAGAUUAGAGAUUUUGAAUUGUCCUAAUUUGAUGUCAUUGCCCCAAGGGGUACGAAACCUCUUGGCACUAAAAACCUUGUGGAUCGAAGAAUGCUCACAUCUGGAAAGACAGUGUCAAGAAGAGAGAGGAGAAGAUUGGCCCAACAUUGCACACAUUCCUAACAUAUAUAUCAAGUAA